GCUGCAAUGGGUUGAGGGUAGGGCUAAAUUUAUAAGGCAUAGGUAUGUGAGUUAUUUCUUUACAAGACAAAGGAAAGAUCAUGAAAAAAAUGUUAAAAUGGUGUCUUUGCAGGUGGCGUGUGGUUAUUGGGUGGUCCUAGAACUUUGGGUAAGAAUCAGAUCAAUGAGGUCAGGAUGUCCUGUGCUUCCCGGAGGAUGAUGUAGAUCGGUUGAUGGAUCAAUGAGGAGCAUAUGACUGAAAGAAAAGGAAAAAUACAUUUCACUCCUGUGGUAAGAGGAAGCUGGAUGUCACCAGAAGCCUUUCAAGCUUUAGGGAGGAAGAGUCAGUGUAGGAAAAUAACCAUUGUAGACGGCCUGAGCCAGGUCAUGGGACGGGACUUGGGUUCCUCCAUCCUGUCCACAAAGGAGCACCUGAGAGACGAGGAGGAGCGGCUCCUGUCUGCUGGGGAUGGUCCUGGACACUGUCUGUCUCGCCUGAACAGCGGUGAUUAAAACUGGCAGUUGCUUAAAGGAGUAAAAAACAGUUCUUAAAACAACCGGAGGGUGUGGCUCCUGUGGGCCGAGGUGCCGCUGCGCCCAGACGCCGCCGCUGGAGCCGGCACCACUGUCGAGUUGGGGGCGGCCGUGCUGCCCGGGCCUCCCGCGGGGGUGUCAGCGGCCCUGCAGCCGGCGGUGCGGGCUCUGCCGCCGGGGCUGCGUGCGCGCUGCGGGGCGUGGAGAGAUGAUCCUCUGCCUUCUGGCUCUUCUGGCCGCUCUAUGAUCAGAUCGCCACGAGAGACUCUAACGGGAGAAGGAAAGCCUAAUAGCCCUCCAAGAGUCAUCUAAACCUAAUCUUUUCAGUUUCUUUUGAUGGGAAGUGAAGACAUGAGAUGAGGCCCAGGGGCCUGCAGUGAUCUGAUGCCUUCAGCUGGGCUGUGCCCUCACCGGGUGCUGCAGACCCCACAUUGAGUUUAUCCCUGAAGAACAGAUCUUGUUCCUUUUCCCUCUAUCAUCUUACUCUUAAUUAUCAAUCAUGGAGAAUGAAGAUAAGACAAGUGAACAUGAAGAUUUGGCACCAUCCACAGAGAUGAAUAACAUAGCCUCUACGGAUCAAGAAACCCAGGAGGAGACAGUUAUGAACCUCAAAGGUACAGAGGGAAAUGAACCAACAGAAGGAAGUAACCUAUUGAGUAGCAGUGAAAAAAGGCUGCAGGAAACACCAACUGAAUCAACUCAUUUGCAAAGACUGAGACAAACAUUUGCUUGCCCUCCACGUGGUUUACUGGAUAGAGUGAUAACAAAUGUUACCAUCCUUGUUCUUCUGUGGGCUGUAGUGUGGUCAAUUACUGGCAGUGAAUGUCUUCCUGGAGGAAACCUAUUUGGAAUUAUAAUCCUGUUCUAUUGUGCCAUCUUUGGAGGUAAACUUUUGGGGCUCAUUAAGUUACCUACGUUGCCUCCACUGCCUCCUCUUCUUGGCAUGCUGCUUGCUGGGUUUCUCAUCAGAAAUAUCCCUGUCAUCAAUGAUAACGUACAGAUCAAGCAGAAGUGGUCUUCCGCUUUGAGAAGCAUAGCACUAUCUGUCAUAUUGGUUCGUGCUGGCCUUGGGCUUGAUCCACAGGCCCUGAGGAAGCUGAAGGGUGUCUGUGUAAGAUUAGCCAUGGGUCCCUGUCUUGUGGAGGCAUGCUCAUCUGCUCUUCUUGCCCACUUCCUAAUGGGUUUGCCGUGGCAAUGGGGAUUUAUACUGGGUUUUGUCUUAGGUGCUGUGUCUCCAGCUGUGGUGGUGCCUUCAAUGCUCCUUUUGCAGGAAGGGGGCUAUGGUGUUGAAAAAGGUGUCCCGACCUUACUCAUGGCUGCUGGCAGCUUUGAUGACAUUCUGGCCAUCACUGGCUUCAACACGUGCUUGGGCAUGGCCUUUUCCACAGGUUCCACGGUUUUUAAUGUCCUCAGAGGCAUUUUGGAGGUAGUAAUUGGUGUGGCAGCUGGGGCUCUUCUUGGAUUUUUUAUUCAGUACUUCCCAAGCAGUGACCAGGACAAACUUGUAUGGAAGCGGGCGUGCCUUGUUUUGGGGCUGUCUGUGCUGUCAGUGUUCAGCAGUGUGUAUCUUGGUUUCCCUGGGUCAGGAGGACUGUGUACGUUGCUCAUGGCUUUCCUUGCAGGCAUGGGAUGGAGCAGUGAAAAGGCAGAGGUUGAAAAGAUUAUUGCAGUGGCCUGGGAUAUCUUCCAGCCCCUUCUCUUUGGACUGAUUGGAGCAGAGGUAUCUAUUGCAUCUCUCAGACCAGAAACUGUGGGCCUUUGUGUUGCCACCCUGGGUAUUGCAGUACUGAUACGAAUUUUGACUACAUUUCUGAUGGUGUGUUUUGCUGGUUUUAACAUAAAGGAAAAGAUAUUUAUUUCAUUUGCAUGGCUUCCAAAGGCCACAGUCCAGGCUGCAAUAGGAUCCGUGGCCUUGGACACAGCAAGGUCACAUGGAGAGAAACAAUUAGAAGAAUAUGGAAUGGAUGUGUUGACAGUGGCAUUUUUGUCCAUCCUCAUCACAGCCCCAAUUGGAAGUCUCCUCAUUGGUUUGCUGGGCCCCAGGCUUCUCCAGAAAGCUGCACAUCAAAAUAAUGAUGAAGAAGUUCGAGGAGAGCCCUCUGAAGAAGUUUAGAGGUGAAAAGAGAGAAUGCUAAAUAUAUGAUUAGAAAGCUGUACCAGAGGCUGCUUUUAUCAAGAUAGAUAUUGAAAUAUAUAAUAUUUAAGCUUAAAAUGUAACAGAAC